UACAAUCUGAGAACUAAACUGCCAAAGCCUAACACCACCUAGCAACAGUUGAAAAAACUUUUAAACAAAAGUCUGGGUGAGACACAGACAGAGUAUACCUCCUGCUUCUCCUGCCUGGGAUUUCUGCGAGAAGCAGCUCCGGUCUUCUGCUCUCUACCUUGUUUCCUUCGUUACUUCAACUGCUGGUAGACCCAGAAAAGUGGGAAAAGUUUCUGUCUUUGUGAUCUCCUGAGCUGGAUCAUUCUACUCCUGUGGCAGUGCUGUGGGACAGGCUACUGUGAUCUUGCAGUGUAAAGGAUAUAUUCCCAGGUCCGUGUUGCUCACAGGCAGGGAUGAGGUCCCGAAACCAAGGUGGAGAAAGCUCGUCUAACGGGCACUUCUCCAGUUCCAAGCCUGUCAUCAGCCACACAGAGAAUGAAAAACUUCAGGAGGAUGCCAAGAAAAAGAACAAACCUCAUCGGAAGGAAGAUGAGGUCAUGGUUUCAGCAACUGUCAAACGGCACUCAAAAUCACCCGGUCCUAGCGAGAGAAAGAACAAGAAGUCCAUAGAGCUUUCUAAAGAAGACUUGAUAAAACUACUCAGUAUAAUGGAAGGAGAAUUGCAGGCAAGGGAGGAUGUGAUCCACAUGCUGAAGACAGAGAAAACCAAACCCGAAGUUUUAGAAGCUCAUUAUGGGUCUGCAACUCCAGAGCACGUGCUUCGAGUGCUGCACAGGGAUGCCAUCCUCGCCCAAGAAAAGUCUGUAGGGGAAGACGUCUACGAGAAACCAAUUUCAGAGCUGGACAGACUUGAAGAAAAGCAGAAGGAGACGUACCGGCGCAUGCUGGAGCAGCUCCUGCUGGCAGAGAAGUGCCAUCGUCGCACCGUCUACGAGCUGGAGAACGAGAAACACAAGCACACAGAUUACAUGAACAAGAGCGAUGACUUCACCAACCUCUUGGAACAGGAGCGGGAGAGGUUGAAGAAACUUCUUGAGCAGGAGAAGAUCUAUCAAGCUCGGAAGGAGAAGGAGCAUACAAAGAGAAUCAAUAAACUAAGAGAAGAACUAGUCAAGCUCAAAUCAUUUGCACUCAUGCUGGUGGAUGAAAGACAAAUGCAUAUUGAACAGCUUGGUCAACAAAGCCAGAAAAUACAGGACUUAACCCAAAAACUAAAGGAAGAAGAAGAAAAGCUUAAAAUUAUUACUGCAAAAACAAAAGAAGAUGGACAAAAACUGAUGAAAUUAGAGGCAGAACUUGAACACAAAACAUCAUCGUUUUGUCAAGAACAUGAGGAGAUGACUGCUAAACUGGCUAAUCAAGAGUCACAUAAUAGACAGCUAAGGCUCAAGCUAGUGGGGUUGACUCGCAGAAUAGAGGAGCUAGAAGAAACUAACAAAAAUCUUCAAAAAACUGAGGAGGAACUUCAAGAAUUAAGAGAUAAAAUAGCGAAAGGGGAAUGUGGGAACUCUAGCUUAAUGGCAGAAGUGGAAAACCUCCGCAAGCGCGUGCUUGAAAUGGAGGGGAAAGAUGAAGAGAUCACAAAAACCGAAUCCCAGUGCAAAGAGCUGAAAAACAAACUGCAGGAGGAAGAGCAUCAUAGCAAAGAGUUGAAACUUGAAGUGGAAAAACUGCAGAAAAGAAUGUCAGAAUUAGAGAAGCUGGAAGAGGCUUUCAGUAAAAGUAAGUCGGAAUGCACUCAGCUACACUUAAACUUGGAGAGAGAAAAAAAUUUGACUAAGGAUUUGAUAAAUGAGUUGGAAGUGGUGAAGACUCGAGUGAAGGACCUUGAGACAUCUGAAAGCAAAUUGGAAAAGGCUGAAAUAAGCUUAAAAGAUGACCUUACAAAGCUGAAGUCAUUUACUGUAAUGUUGGUUGAUGAGCGAAAAAAUAUGAUGGAAAAAAUAAAACAGGAGGAAAAAAAGGUUGAGGGCCUAAACAAGAAUUUUAAAGUUGAACAAGGGAAAGUUAUGGAUGUAACAGAGAAAUUGAUAGAAGAAAGUAAGAAAUUUUUGAAACUGAAAUCUGAAAUGGAGGAAAAAGUAUCUAGUUUGACAAAGGAAAGGGAUGAGUUAAUUGGCAAACUGAGAAGUGAAGAAGAAAAAUCAUCUGAAUUAAGCUGUAGAGUUGACCUGUUAAAGAAAAGAAUUGAUGGUAUGGAGGAAGUAGAAAGAGAAAUUACAAGAGGUCGAACUAGGAAAGGAGCAGAGCAUGUUUGUCAUGAGGACAACAAGAUUAAGGAACUUACUAUUGAAAUCGAAAGAUUGAAAAAACGUCUCAAACAACUGGAAGUGGUUGAAGGAGAUUUGAUGAAGACUGAAGAUGAGUAUGAUCAGCUAGAGCAGAAAUUUAGGACUGAGCAGGAUAAAGCUAAUUUUCUUUCUCAACAGUUGGAGGAGAUGAAACUCCAGAUUGCCAAAACGAAAGCAAUAGAAAAAGGUGAGGUGGUGAGCCAGGAGGCAGAGCUGAGGCACAGGUUUCGUCUGGAAGAGGCCAAAAGCAGAGAUUUGAAAGCAGAAGUUCAAGCACUUAAGGAAAAAAUCCAUGAGCUCAUGAACAAAGAAGACCAGCUUUCUCAGCUCCAAGUCGAUUAUUCAGUUCUACAGCAAAGGUUUAUGGAAGAGGAAAACAAAAACAAGAGCAUGGGGCAGGAAGUUUUGAACCUGACAAGAGAGCUGGAGCUUUCUAAGCGUUACAGCCGUGCUCUGAGGCCCAGCAUGAACGGGAGAAGAAUGGUCGAUGUUCCCCUGACGUCCACCGGCGUGCAGACAGAUGCUCUCAGCAAUGAAGCAGCAGAAGAAGAAACUCCAGCAGUGUUUAUAAGGAAAUCCUUCCAGGAGGAGAAUCAUAUCAUGAGCAAUCUGCGGCAGGUGGGUCUGAAAAAACCCAUGGAGCGUUCUUCAGUGCUUGAGAGAUAUCCUCCAGCAGCAAAUGAGCUUGCUAUGAGGAAAUCCUGGAUACCAUGGAUGAAAAAGAGGGAAACUGGGGCUCAGACAACUCCUGAUAAAGGAGCCCGAAGCCACAGUAGUCCAGCACAUCCUGGGGAGGUUGUUCUUUCACCAAAGCAGGGUCAACCUCUUCAUAUUCGGGUGACACCAGACCAUGAGAACAGUACAGCAACUUUGGAGAUAACCAGUCCAUCCGCAGAGGAAUUUUUUUCAAGUACCACUGUCAUUCCUACUUUGGGAAAUCAGAAGCCACGAAUAACCAUCAUUCCCUCUCCCAAUGUUAUGCCACAAAAAGGAAAAGGCAGUGAAAGUCCCAUGGGCCCAGAUCGUUCCAUGUCUCCAGUCACUAUAACAACAUUCUCCAGGGAAAAGUCCCCAGAGGGAGGGAGAGCACCCUUCGCUGACAGACCCGCAUCGCCAAUUCAGAUCAUGACGGUGUCGACAUCUGCGGCGCCGGCUGAAAUCUCCGUCUCUCCGCAGUCACAGGACAUGACCAUGGGCAGGGCUGUCUUCAAAGUCACGCCAGAAAAGCAAACCGUCCCGACUCCAAUCCGCAAGUACAACGCCAAUGCCAACAUUAUCACAACAGAGGACAACAAAAUCCACAUCCACUUGGGCUCCCAGUUUAAGCGUUCUCCCGGUGCCGUGCCUGACGGCGCGAGCCCUGUGAUAACAGUCCGGCCGGUGAACAUCGCGGCAGAGAAGGAGGUGGUGACUGGUACUGUCCUUCGAUCGCCUCGGAACAACCUGUCCCCACGACCUGCAGCCAGCAAGGUGACAAGCACUAUCACCAUCACACCUGUUACAACAUCUUCCACACGAGGAACACAAUCAGUGACAGGACAGGAUGGGUCAUCCCCGAGACCUACACCCACCCGCAUUCCUGUGUCAAAAGAGAGUGUCAUCAUUCACCAGUCACGCGUGAACUCUAGAUGAGUUACCGCCCUAGAGCUCUCUGUGUGCACUGCCCUCCAUGCCUGUGGAUGGAUCACUGGAGAAGCUCUCUGCCAUCAACACCAGGGUCACUUUUGCUACUGAUUACUUAUGGAAGUGUUAGUGCUUCCAUUAGGUUUUAUAUAUAUUUUUUUUUUCUUGGUAGAGCUUUAAAAACCAAUGGCCUUGCUGGUAUUUUAAAAGUAUCUAAGCAGAGAGAGAGCAGCAGUCUUUCUGCCAGCUGAAUUUCACUCUCAAUUGCAAAGCCUAAGGCACGUGCUUGAUUUUGUUUGAUAUUUGCCAUAUAAUUUAUUUUUAUAAUACACUUUGUAAAGUAGCUGUGCCAAAGUUGCAAUUCCUGUUGCUUAUGACACAUUUAUUUGUAGAAUACACUGUCAAAUUUGCAAUUUGAUAUUUUGUAAUAGUAUGUGAAGAAAGAAAAAUGUAACUUCAGCAAUGUUUUCUGUUUAAAUGGAAAAGUAUUCAGUAUAUUUUUUUUUGCCACCAUGAGAUUCUGUGAGACUAAAUACUCUGAAGACUGCUGUAUGGAAUUUGUUGCAGAAUAUUUCUUACACUGUGUGAUGGUUUGGCAUAAAAUUAAGUAUUAAAGUCCAAUGCCUUGAAAUACAACCAAAUUUACUCAUUUUAAACUAUGUAAGUCAGUUUUUAAAGCUGUGAUUUUUUUUCUAUAUAAAGUAUGUUUUUACUUCUGCCU